GUAUGAAAAAUUAAACUGUCACCAACGGUUGUGUGAAAGAAGGAGCCAUUACUUUAUAUAAUAUAAAAUAAAAAUAUAUAAAAUGCAUCGAUCGGUAUUGUUGCUGCUGAUUUCAGUCCUCGUACUGAGUGCGGCAUCUGCUAUACCAGCCAGUCAGGAGGAGAACUGGCAGCCAGAGUUGAGUGCGGAAAGCGUCCUGAAGGUGGAUAGCGCCGAAGAUCUCAAGCCCCCAGACAGCUACUCGGAGGAGCAAACGGAUAAGUCUUACGAUACGGAUGCCAGUUCCAGUGAUUUGCUCUCAUUCGAAGAAGGGAACCACUCCGAAAACGAAUCCGGAGAACAGAUCAACCUUAGGAGACGAAGAUCCGUAGAACAGGAAAAGUAUAGGAAUUUAGAACUUCUUGCCACCAUUUGCCCCAAAAAGGACUUUAAGGAUCUGGAGGAGAACCCUUUAAUAAGUGUUAAAAUCGAAAUAGAAGAUAUGUAUGCGAUUUGUGCUCAAUUAAAGGACAGACACACGCAAAGGAGGAGAUGAUUUAAAAAAGCCAUGAAAUGAGGUGUAACCUUAUGAAUUUAAAUAAAGUCUAUAGACUCCCCAAGCUGA